GACAAUUAAAAAUUUUUUUCCCGCCCUGGGGCUUUUUUUUGGCCGUAAUACACAAUUGACUCACCUCACUGACUCUUCUGUAUUUGCGGUUGUGGACGAUUUUGCAAUUAAUCAAUCAAUAUUUGUCACAUUUUUCGUGAUGUGUUAUCAGUGACCCGUGAUACGAGGUGAUAGUGUUGUGAUAAAUGCUUUUUGGUGGAGGAUAUCUUGACGGUUUGAACAGAAAUGUUGUACUUUUAUUUUUCGGAAAAUCAUUAUGUGCGGAAUGAAAAGCUCACAGAAGCUUUUAAUUGGCGGGCAAUCAUAUGAAGAUUUGAUUGUCGUAUCAUGGUUGAAUGAGGGACUCUUUUGAGGAGAGAGAGAUAUGAGUGGUCUUUAUAGGCCAUACCUCAUUGAACUUGAAGCCUCAGUUGAUUAAAGUUUUGGGUGGCAGAAUGAUCUGGAGAAUUUUUGUGCUUUUUCCCAUAUUUGCGGUGAUCCUCGCAAAACCCAGUAAUGUGGAUUUUACAGAGGAGAUCCAGCAACUUCAGCAGGAUGAGACUGUGCCUGAAGGAGAGUACUACUUGCCACUCAAUGUGUUGCCGCAGAAGUAUAAAAUCUCCCUGAAUAUCGACAUGAAUUUGUGGAAUUUUCAGGGAGAAGAAAUUGUUGAAGUGCUCGUUGUGACACCUACACGUGAAAUCCGUUUCAAUGCCAGGGGAUUGGCAAUUCAGUGGGAUGAUGUCAUUCUCAGGGCUCCAAGUGCAACUGAACCACCCUAUUACACGCCAUCGAAUUAUUCCUACAGUGAAGAAACGGAAGUUGUUGUGUUGAAUUUCAAUGAUGAUCUCCUCCCAGGAUCUUAUGAGCUUCAAUUGAAUUUCAUUGGAAUCAUUCGAAGUGAUGUCUUUGGGCUCUAUCGGAGUGAAUACACAAUCAACAAUCAGCAAAAGUAUGUCGUUGCAACGCAAUUUCAAGCGACCUAUGCCCGUAAUGUAUUCCCAUGUUGGGAUAAUACCAACUUCCGAUCCAUCUUUGAAAUUGAACUCAAUCACCCCAAUCAGUAUGAGGGCUAUUCCAACAUGAACGUUGCAAAUAGGACGAUAUUGGAUAACAACAGGGUUGUUACGUUAUUUGAGCCAAGCCCACCAAUGGCAAGCUAUCUUGUUGCAUUUGUCCUAGCUGAAUAUCAAACGUAUCGCAAUGAUAAUUUCACUGCAGUUCACGUGCCCAGUAAUGUUAAUGAGCAACAAGCACAGUACUUCCUAACUAACGUCAGAAGUGCUCUGAACUUGUUUGAAGACUUCCUGAAUCAUCAGUAUCAGUUGCCAAAGCUGGACUUUAUAUCUGUGCCACGAAUGUUCUUUGGUGGGAUGGAGCAUUGGGGAUUAAUUACAGCCCUAGCGAGGUACUUUGUCAAUGAUCCUGCAACAGUGUCUGCAAGCGCACAUCAAAGUAUGACCACAAUUAUAACCCACGAACUUGGUCAUAUGUGGUUUGGGAAUGAAGUAACGCCCGAAUCAUGGAACUAUCUGUGGCUCAGCGAAGGGAUGGCGUCGUACUUUGAACUCUUCAUUGCAGACAGAAUGCAUUCGAACUGGCGAAUGAUGGAUCAGUAUCUUCUCAUUCACGUUCACAAUGCCAUGCGGCAGGAUGAUAAGAUGAGUGCACGUCCCAUGACUGGAAGCUUCUACAAACCUCUUGAUUUUAAUGCUCAAUUUGACUAUGUUCCCUAUGCUAAAUCUGGAUCAGUUAUGCGGAUGAUUCAACAUAUGAUAGGGAUACAACACUUUAGGGAAUUCCUGUACAACUACAUCAGUGCACGAAGUUUCCAGUCUGCAACCCCAAAUCAUUUCCACGAACGUAUUCAGGAGAUUGUAGAUCGUGCAGGGGAUAUUCCUCUUCCACCUGAUGUAUCUAUGGCUACGAUUAUUCGCAGUUGGACAGAUAAUCCCGGAUAUCCCGUAGUUCUCGUAACACGUACAACAAAUGGCAUUUCCCUGUCACAGAAGAGAUUUUUAGUAGACUGGGAGCAUACUACUGUGGUCCCAUCGGAAUUCUACAUUCCAGUUAAUACGAAAACAACAUCCAAUCAUCAUGUGACUGGCACACUCCCAAUGAGUUGGAUUGUUCCUGGAUCGGAGCUACAAAUUGAUCAUAUUCCCCUUACGGACUAUGUAAUUGUCAAUAGGCAACAGACAGGAUACUACCGCGUUAACUACGGAGAGUACGAUUGGAAAUUCAUCGCAGAAGUUUUGGCAGUUCAGAAGACUCUCGAAGAAAUUCAUAUUCUCAAUAGGGCCCAAUUAAUUGAUGAUUCAGCAAAUUUGGCAAAAGCCGGGCAGACGCGCUAUGACUCCUUCUUCGGGAUUAUCUCCUAUCUCAAAGAGGAAAUAGACUACAUCCCAUGGACAGCUGCCACCACGAAUAUUCUCAAUUUGGAAAUUAUGAUUCGUGGUAUUGAAGAGUACCCGAGAUUCCAUCACUUUAUCAAUGGCCUCACAACAAAGGUCUACGAAACAAUUCGUCUAACAAACUACACAAGAGCAGAUCACAUUGCCACACUUCACACUCAAGUCACAAGCAAUUUAGCUUGCUACUUUGGCAAUGAGCAAUGCAAGGAGGAUGCAAGUGAGCUGGUUAAUGAGAUGCUAAGUGAUAGCCAUAUGCAGGGGAUUCCGGAUCAAAUUCAACCAACUGUCUUCUGCACUGUGGCUAAACAUCUCUCAGACACAGAUAUCCUGAAUAGGCUCAUCGUGCGAAUUAAUCAAAUUUUCCUAACCGGAAGAGAUGCCCAGGAGGCCAUUUUAAUGAGGAUUAUUGAUGGUGUUGGAUGCACAACUAAUGCAACGGCAAUAGAGAGUUUCCUAGCACUAUCAAUCAUGCACCUUCCAGUUGAGGGAAUUGACGUACGUGGCAGCGAUCGCAAUCGCAUUUUCCGUUCUGUGGCAUCUGGGAGUUAUUUGGGAAUAAAAAUGGCCCUAGAAUUGAUCCUCAAUAACUAUUUGGAAGUGGAAAAUCGCUUUGAAUCCAUAAACAAUGCAGUUCGCGGGUUGUCAAUGUACAUCGUUACGGAUGAUCUGCUGAAUCUUCUCGAGGAGAUUUUGAGGAUUCACUCAGCCCGGAUGACACCAUCCCUUAUUGCCAUUUUCAAUGAUGAGAUCACAGCGUCAAGAAGGAAUGUUGCGUGGGUGAAUCACUUCAAGGGGCGCAUCAAUACAUGGCUCGUGACAAAUGUGGAGCUACCGGGAGGCACAGGCCACCGGUUGUCAGCAAUCAGCUUGAUAUCGUUGCUUCUUAUCGCCCUCCUGCUGAUUCGUGUUUAUUAACUCUUCGUUGUCUAUUAAUUUAGAUAUGAAUGAUCAUCGUAACGAAUUCACAAGGGGCAGAUAAGUAAGGGCAAUGGAAUGAUUUAUAAUAAAAAUGAUAAAUUUUUUCCCAA